CAAAGUAAAAAGAUCACCAUAUUUUUAAUAUUCGUUGCGCCCUAAUAUUAGUAAAUUCAUAUAUUGAAUAGAGAGAAAAAAGCUCAAAAAUAACCAGCUAGAAAGCCCUGCAUUUUCCGCGGAAGUGGCUCAUUUCGUAUCAAACUAGGACCGCGCACAUUUUGCAAUUAAUUCGCUACAUAUCAACGCUGUGUUUGAAAGACAACAAAAAAAUAUCACUAAUUAUCCAUCAUUUCAGGGGAUCUUUUACAAAUUCAAGGAAAAUGAAUUGUAGCCUGAAUAGCUCAACUUCUUCGCCCGGAGCAGCAAAUGUUUCUCUGGGCUCAUGGUUCGUGGCCUUUGGUGCUGAAGCUGUGAUCAUCGUGGUUGCUAAUCUCAUUACAAUUUUAGCGUUCGUUUCAAGAAAGACCUCAAAGAAAGGGAAAUUUCUUCUCCUCAUUAACCUGUCCAUCGCAGAUCUUUUAGUCGGCGCCAUUCCUCUUCCUUUAUACUUGGCUUAUCUAGGAAGCUUGUUGACAUUUUGGCAGAUUCAGUGGGGAAAUGCUUUGAAAAUAACAUUAUUUGGUGUGGAUGUCCUUCUUGGAUUUGCAUCUGUUAUGACGUUGACUGUGAUUUCUCUGGAGCGUGUUUACGCCACUGUAGUCCCGGUUGGAUAUCGUGGUCUUAAGCGCCGAAAUUACUGUUAUUCCGUGGCAAUGAUUUGGUUUGUGGCUAUUAGCAUAGCCACUGUUUGCCUUGUAAGCAAUUUUGUGCUAAAGUCCUUAGAAAUCGCCACGUACGUGUCGAUGUCUCUACUGAGCGUGCUCUGUUCUGUGAUAAGUGUUUCAUACGUUACCAUAUGGUACAGAAUCAAGUCCAAAAGAAGAAACAUGCGACAAAAGACAAACGAGUAUGAAAACAAGUUGGCCUUAACCCUGUUUAUCGUCACCAUCACAUCCCUCGCCGCCUGGCUUCCUUUUGUUAUUGUCAACGUCUUGUUUGUGUUCUCGUCGGUUCAGUUAAGUUUUAAUUUUGUUUAUUUUUCUAAAGUUCUCCACUAUGGAAACUCUCUCGUCAAUCCUAUUGUCUACAGUUUAAGAAUGCCAGAGUUUCGAAAGUCGGUGGUAAGAAUGUUCAGCCUGCGUUCCAGUCAAAAGCGACUAGCCGGUCAUCAGCUUUCUAAUCCCUGCAGUGUCACUGAAAUUGGUCAAGAUACUUUCCGAUCAAAUCGGGCAACACAGCUGUGUACAAAUAGCAAGAAAACUACGGUAACAUGGAGGAAACUCAGUAAAAUUCAAGAGGUCUCCGUUCGUCUUGUCAAUGAAGGAGAAGUACGGUGAAGAAUCUCAGGCUGGAAAUAAAACAUUUUCUUCACGUUGAAGCAGAUUAAGCAUCAGAUAAAACGGAACACCGGUUAAACUGUCAGCAGUGACGGAUGUUAUAAUAUCUUCAUUUGACGUGUACCGGAAAACUGGUUCGUUUUUGUGUGUGUUUUUCUUUUCAUUCCUAGUUCACGUUUAUAUUAUUUACGUGCAGUACGUUCGUGAAAUGAUUCUUCUCAGUUCGUGUUUCGACAUCAUUUU